CCCCGACAUCCCUCCUUUCCCACCCCCUUUUUACGAUCCCAACGCAACGCCGCGUGGUUGAUUCAGUUGCGUCAGUGCAUUGAGCAGAGGCGGCCGAGAAAGCGAGCAUCGGCCAACUUAGACAUCUGGGAGCGGCGUGCUUCUGUGAAGCGACCAGUAAUCAAUCCAGCAGAUUUCGUGACACGAUUUACCCGGUGUAAUUUUACUUUCGGAUGAUGGGGAAAAGGAAUAUGUAAAUGUUGCUUCUGGUGCACUUUUUGGACUUUCUGGAAAUGGUAUAAACUUGCGACAGACCGUGGAACUGAUUAGAUUUGUUUUCUUUUCUAUAAUAGACAGGUAUGACUUUGUAUUUUUUCGUUUUAUCCUAUAGUAGCCAUAACCAUACUUGAAAUGAAAAUAGACCUUUUAAUAUGGACUUAAAAUAUUGAUCAAAUUUUCUACAUUUCAGUGCUAUUUAGAUGACAAAAAUUUCAUCAUAACGGCUCUUAUCAAUAAGAAUUUUAAGUACUGAGUAACCCAGGUAGUACGAGACUGAAAUAUUUAGAUGAUAUCUGACUUGUAAACUGCCUUAAUAUUAAACUGAAAAGUCAACUAUUCUUGACAUAUUAUUGCUUUAUUGGAAUUAUGAAGAAGAAAUGCUUGAUCUAGUCAGAACCCGUUUGUAACGGUUAUUAAAAUGUGAACGCAGCGUAGGUUUAAUUGUUUAAAUAUAGGUUUCUAUUUAUUAGUGAUUUCUCAGUACAACAUUCCAUUUUAUCAUCUAAAGUAUUCCUUAUAAUUUUGUUCGCGAACAUAAUGUAAAGAUAGAAGUACAGAAUGGCUGCAUUUAAUGGCACUUUAGCUAGACGACACUUCGUAGUAUUCUAAGCAAAAUAUUUCUCUACAAGUAUACUUUUUUAAAAACUCUUAACUGAGAGUUAUUGAAAUCAUAUUAAAAUAAGUUUCGCUCUCAGAGAUUACCAAAUGCAAGAAUUCUACAUGAUGCAACAAGCCAAUGGCUGUGGGUCCAACUCCCCUUCACCUUUUCAGAAUCAUCACCACCAGCAUCAGCUGGCAUCCUCUCCAACGCAAUUACCUGCAGUGACAGCUAUCCGAACGUGGCAUCCCCACGUUUACGCGAAACCUCCUAGGCACCCCACACCUCACUUCAUAGCUGAUAUUCUUGGUUUCCGGGACAAAUCGCCAGAAUUAACAAGUAAUUAUUGUACGAUGGCUGUUACACCACCUCCACUCCAGCAGGACACUCUAAUUGCGCCUCCUCUUGUAAAUGGGACAGCUUUGCCAAAACAGUCACUGAUGCAUCAUCAUCAAGAACUUAGAACUCCAGUGGAACAGCCACUGAACUUAUCCUGUCCAGAAAGCAAGAAAUGUUCUAACUCACCCUACGUUAAUUCAUCAACGACUGUGUCCAGCUCCUGUUCUCCUUCUACAGGGCCUGUAGACUUCGAAGCACCAUCUUUACCAAAUGGCAGUGUGCCACCAGAAGCUAUUGUCAUUCCAAAUGUUGUGUGUAAACUAAGAUUAGAACUGGCACAGAAGUCCGGAACGCCACCCAAUUGCAAUCCCGUUAGGACAUCUCCCGUUAAUGGGAACUUGUGCAUUAGACCCAUUGUGAGGAACGAUGAAAACUUAGUGACUAAUGCAUGUCAUAAAGAAGGCCCUCCCUUAGCAGGAGUGACGACAGUAAUAGCGAACUCUCUAACCAUACCAGAAGGCAGUCAAGCACCCAUGAAAGUCAAAGCUCCGAAGAGCAGCAGCAAAAGGAAGAAGGAGAAGAAAGCGGACGUCGCCGUAGGAGCACCGCAAGCACCCAGCGCCCCGGCGGCGAGCCCUCUUCAACCGCAGGCACAGCCAGCAUCGCAGUCCCAGCAGCAGCAGGAUGGAGGCAGCGAUCCGGAGAGCGAGAAGAACAAGAAAAAGAAAGCUCGUACUACUUUUACUGGGAGGCAGAUAUUCGAAUUGGAAAAACAGUUCGAGAUCAAGAAGUACCUGUCCUCCAGCGAAAGGGCAGAAAUGGCCAAGUUGCUCAACGUCACUGAAACGCAGGUAAAAAUCUGGUUCCAAAAUCGCAGAACAAAGUGGAAGAAACAAGAUGGUGUAUCAAACGCCGAAGCUGCCGAAUUGAAAUCGAGUGGUGAUAAGCAAGGUUCACAAGGAACAACCAAAAAAGCUUCUAAAAACAAAUCAACUGGAGCUGCCAUCAGUGGCAAUCCAACUACACCUGCUGUUGGAUGUUUACAGCAACCUCAGCGUCAAGUCAUUAAUGGACCAGGACCAAUUUUUACUUCUAACAGUGACGCGAAACCAUCUUCCACCGAGCAUAAUAAUAAUACGACAAAUUCUGAAUCAUCCAUUCUUCCACCUUCUCCAUCAUUGAAUUCAAAAGUCAUUUCCACUUCGGCUGAAGUCAUGUGCAGUAACACAUCUUCAGAUGUUUCUUCGACCACCCCUCCAACGACUGUCGGCAUGGUUCCGAUCACUACAAUGACUCCACCGCUUUCUGUCGUUGAAAAUGGUCUUGACUCGGACAGCCGAGCUUCUGAUGUUUUCUGCUGGGGACGAUCGUCUUCUCCCUCUUCCAUGGAAAACGGAGUUGCUGGAGAUAGUUCAAUCGACAAUACGGAAACCACUCACAUACAACACACCCAAUAUUCAGGACCUUGUUAUGCCAACAGUGUGGUUAGCGUUGAUGCUGCUAUCAAUACAUCGUCUUCUUACCAAGAAUCUGAUAUGAGGCCUGGUGUAAAAACGAUAGGUGUUGAAACGUCGUUACACAUGCAGGGGUGCCCCAUGAACAGCCAGGAGGUAUCAGAUGCUGAAAUAUCCACAAGCAAUCACUGACGGUUUGUUUUUUGUUUCUAGAUACUAUACUUGAAACACGUAAAACUGAGCUCUUGUGAGACUGAACCAUUUCAAUAUUACAUUCAGUGAAAGGACAUGCUUGAAUUAUACCUAAACAUGCGAAUGAUUAAACGGGUGUCACUUUUAUGUGCGUUCAUUUCGAAAACAUAGUAAGCGAAUGGAUUCUCUCUCAGCUCAGUGUCUUCCUCUUUACAAACAGGGUAAUUUUAUUUAAUUGUCAAUUUUUAUCAUAAAGCUUCAAUGAUAAUUCUGAAGUUCCGUUUUAUGGUCCAGAUGCCAAAUUAGAGAAAAAUAUGCGUGUAUAGACUUCUCAGCAAACUUUUCACGCUUCACAGAAUGAAAAGAGCAAAAGAAGACAGCUGAUGUUUCUUCAGUCACUAUCUGUUGUUGAGUGAAAUGUGAUGAAAGUCAUUAGUACAAUAGAACCACAAACAGUUCUUACACUUUUCCGGUAUCUCUUAUUCUAGUGACUGUGCCAAAGUUUCUCUGUUUUAUUGUGAUUUAUCUUAUUUAAAGGCUAUUUAGUGAUUUAGAAAAUGACUGGAGACUUGUUAUAUAAUAAACUUAACUAUCCUUAGUAUUUCUUUGCCAGAUAUGCUCUUAAAUAUCGUCAGUAACUACAGAGCCUUCGAAUUUUAACUUAAUUUGAUCUUCACAUCAAAGAGUUAAAUAAGCAGGUUUUUUUAGUUUUUCUUAAAGUCAGCUAAACAUACUGUUGCAUAAAGUUGACAGAAACAUUCUGGGAUAAAUUUAUCUUUGCAAGAAAGAUUUAUGUACGAAAUGUUCGAUUCAAAUAUUUGUGCUCAGAAAUUAUAUUUUUAAAUUUCCCAAUACUGUUGAACAUAUCAUUGAACGAAAACACAAAUACUGUUAACUGAAAUCUGCUUAAUACGAAGUCUGUGGGUAAGUUGUGCAAUCAUUGAAAAUAAAAAAGAACAUUUUGUUAGAAAUAACGCAGCAUAAAAUUUCCAGUCAUUAAAGCAGCGAAAAAAAUUUAAAAAGUGUGGAAAGAUGACUAUAUAUAUGUAUAUUUGAUAUGUUGACAGCAAAAUGCUAUUGUAUUAUGUUAUCUGAAACCAGUGAAUAACUUCUGUUGAAAUUGAACUAGGACAGGCCUUUUUUCUAAGAAGUGAAUAGGGAACUUUCCGCACUCCAACAUUUAUGACGUCAUUGUUGGUUGUCCUCUUUAUCCCUUUCAAAUGUCUUAAUUUAACGUCACCAAUGAGCUUCAUAGUUAGCUGAAACAUUGUAUACUUCAUUCUGUGCUCCAUGACGUCUCAUGCUGUCAUUACUUUUAAAUGAUCUUGGUGAUCAUUAUUGUAAUAGUCUUUCUGUAAAGGCAUUAAAGUCUUUUUUUGAUCAUCUGUUAUAAAUAAAGUUCAUGAAAAUAAA